AUGGCUGACUCAGAACUAAACAGUCGGUCGUUGCAAGAUGUUGGUUUAGCGACUUCACCGAGUGAAAAAAACAGCGAUGGUGGUGGAUUUGAUGCUAGCGACGAACCAGUGUUUGUAAAGACUGAAAUGAUACAAGGAGACGAAAGCAAUGAAGCUGUUUCCUCGGAGCUCAGUUAUUAUCCAGCUAAAAGACAAAGGACCUACUUCAUGGAAAAUCAUUUGAAUUCAUCAGUGACAAACAUCCCACCGGAAACUCAGCAUCCGACGGUUUCUUCAUUCGAUGAUUCGUUUGAUCGCCCUCUGGUGAUCGUUGGCGAUAGUAAGUGGACAUCACCCGCGACAGCUCUCCUGUUGGACCUAUACAUACAAAACGAGGAUAAAUUUAACAGUCCUCAUAUUAAGAAAAAGCUCUUAUGGAGAAAAAUAUCGGAAAGAUUAAAUGAAGCUGGUCAUAUGUUUGACUCCGACAAAUGUGAACGGAAAUUUCUUAACUUAAAGACAACAUACAGAUACACUGUUGAUCAUAAUUUACAAACAGGCAACCAAAAGCGUUGUGCGUUUUAUGAUCAACUAGACAGUAUUUUUAAGUUCCAAGCAUCAGCUGAGGCAUCUGCCUUUUACAAAGACAAUGCUAAUAACAAAGACGACGCUAUCGACACGUCUUCUUCUCAUACCAAUAGACCGCUACCUCCUCCCGAUAGAGGGAGCAUCAUGCACGCGCCUCAUCCCGCAUUUCCAGUCAUGAAGAGUGAUACAUCAUCAAUUCAUUCAAAUGCGCAAUAUAUGAACAGACUCACAACAGCCGUGUCUGGAGUUAGGUCAAACCAUUCUGUUUCCAUGGGAACCAGACAUGAUCCAGCACCAGUUUCGCACCAGAGUAGUCCCGCACUGAACGUUUCAUCACCUACUGAUAACUUCAAUCGUCAGCAUUUUCCACGGUUUCCUCAGACACCAUCACACCGUACUGUCAGCGGACCUCCUGCAACCCAACAGAACCAUGGCAACAACAGUAACGAUAGCAGUCACACACGGCGACCACCAACUUAUGUCGUCGAUGACAAUGGACAACCCGAACUUCCGAGCUCAUCGGGGAGUACGGAUGAGUCCGAGACCUCCCGAUUUCAAAGAGGACGAAAACGGAAACAGACAGAGUUAGAUUAUCUAUUGGCCACUUUUGAGCGUUAUUGUGACGAGCAGCGUGACAGGGAGGAAAAACGCUUGAAAUGUAUGAAGGAGUGGCAUGAUGAGGAAAUGAAAGUUAUGAACAGAUUUCUUGAUAUCAUUCAGCAAAGCAUUCAGUCCGGAAAAACUUAAAUCUUGAUCAUCCAUUUCGUGUAACACUCUAGUCAAGAGUCAGUCUGUGCUGUCCAUAGUGUGACUUGUAAGUAAUCAUAUUACUACAAGUCACUAGCAAUAAACGGGUCUUUAUUUUGUCGCUAAAAACUG